CUGCACCAAACACCGACGCCUGUGACUUCAGACGUCGAGAAAACGCUAACCUUCCACUCUGUUCUACUUCAGCUCCUUGAGGUCGAGGGGGAGGAGCAUGCAGAUUUCGCCGAGGACUCAAAACUUGUAUCCGAGUUAACAGAUGAAAAACAUCCCAGUCGAUUCUUUAUUGCAGAACAGAUAAGAAUGUCUCUGGAGAAGACGUUAGACCUCGACACACUCAUCAAAUGCUACAACGUUGUUCAGGAUGAAAAGCAAGGUCUCCGUUGUGGUGUUGUAGGAGAAGACGAGGGUGAAGUCGCUUCUUCCUGA